AUGGAAAACUUAAAUGGCACCUUGGACACAAAUCACUUCCGCCCAUUUACUCCUGAAUCUCUGGCCGCCAUUGAAAAGCGGAUUACAGAGGAGAAGUAUCUGAAGAAGAAGAAGGAGAAAGAGGAGGAGAGGAAAGAGCCAGGGGCCGAAAAUGAGAACCUCAGACCCCAGCUGGACCUAAAGGCCUGCAACCAGCUACCCAAGUUCUAUGGAGAACUUCCACCAGAGCUGGUGGGUGAGCCACUGGAGGACCUGGACCCUUUUUACAAGAACCACAGGACAUUCAUUGUCCUGAACAAAGGGCGAACGAUCUUCCGAUUCAGCGCGACCCAGGCUUUGGGGCUCCUCAGUCCUUUCCAUCCCAUCAGAAGGGUCGCCAUCAAACUAUCAGUCCAUUCCCUGUUCAGUCUCUUCAUCAUGGUGACUAUCCUGGUUAACUGCGUAUUCAUGACCCAUAGGGAAACGCCAUCUGUAGUCGAGUAUGUCUUUACAGGUAUUUACACAUUUGAAUCCUUAUUAAAAAUAUUGGCCCGUGGAUUUUGUCUGAAUGAAUUCACCUAUCUUAGAGAUCCAUGGAACUGGCUGGAUUUUGGUGUGAUUUUCCUGGCGUACUUUGCUGAAAUUACAGAAUUCCGUGGGGCUUCAGCUCUAAGAACUUUCCGAGUGUUCCGGGCUCUGAAAACAGUUUCAGUGAUCCCAGGUUUAAAGGUCAUCGUGGGCGCCCUGAUCCAUUCUGUGAAGAAGCUGGCCGACGUGAUGGUGCUGACAGUCUUCUGCCUGAGUGUUUUUGCCCUGGUGGCCUUGCAGCUCUUUAAGGGGAAUCUGCGGCACAAAUGUGUUAAGAAUUGCACCCUCUUGAACCUGUCCAGUGAUGCCUAUGGUGAAAACAAGACAUGGGAUUUCUGCAGGACAGACACAGAUUACUACGCACACAAGAAUGGCACAAAUGAGAUCCUACUUUGCGGCAACAGUUCUGAAGCAGGGACCUGUCCCAAUGGCUAUUUCUGCAUAAAGACAGGAAACAAUCCAGAUUAUAACUACACCAGUUAUGACUCCUUUGGCUGGGCCUUCCUGGCUCUGUUCCGUCUGAUGACUCAAGAUUACUGGGAACGGCUCUACCAGCAGACCUUGAGAGCUUCUGGGAAAAUCUACAUGCUCUUUUUCGUGCUAGUCAUUUUCCUGGGAUCCUUCUAUCUGGUCAAUUUGAUCCUGGCAGUCGUGACUAUGGCUUAUGAAGAGCAGAAUGAAGCAACGAUGGCUGAAAUAGAAGCUAAGGAGAAGAUGUUUCAGGAGACCCUCGAAAGGCUGAGGAAAGAGCAGGAGGUCCUGGCUGCCAUGGGGAUUGACACAAGCUCACAUCUUUCCUUUGAAAUGUCACCUCUAGCCUCCAAAAAUGCCAAAGAAAGAAGAAACAGGGCGAAUCAAAUGAAAUCUGAUGAUUCCCAAGAAGAUGGCAGCUCCCAUCACCAGAGGAAGAUGACUUCUGAGGAGACCAAGAAGAAGAAUGCACUGACAGCCCACACCUUGUCUGCAGAGUAUUUUGAUGAAUCAUUCCGAGUGAAAAGGGCAAUGAGUGUAGUCAGUAUCAUUACUUCUGUCCUCGAGGAACUUGAAGAGUCGGAGCAGAGGUGCCCUCCUUGCUGGAUCCGCUUUGCUCAGAAGUACCUGAUUUGGGAAUGCUGGCCGCCCUGGGUGAAGUUCAAGAAUCUGGUAGAGUAUAUCGUGAAGGACCCUUUCACGGAGCUCAUCGUCACACUGUGCAUUGUGACCAACACGCUGUUCAUGUCCAUGGAGCACUACAAUAUGACCGCAGCCUUUUCCUUCAUGCUCCAAGCAGGCAAUAUAUUCUUCACGUUUAUUUUCACGGCUGAGAUGGUGUUCAAGAUCAUCGCCUUCCAUCCAUACUAUUACUUCCAGAAGAGCUGGAACAUCUUUGACAGUGUCAUCGUCACCUUGAGCCUGGUGGAGCUGGGUCUGCCCCAGAAAGCAAGCUUGUCGGUGCUCCGCUCCUUCAGACUGCUGAGGGUCUUCAAGCUGGCCAAGUCCUGGCCAACCCUGAACAAUCUCAUUAAGAUCAUCGGCAACUCUGUGGGAGCCUUGGGCAACCUCACCCUGAUCUUGGCCAUCAUCGUCUUCAUCUUCGCCGUGGUUGGAAAGCAGCUCUUUGGAGACAACUACGAUAAACUCCGCGAUAAAAACACCCAGCAGCUGCCCCGUUGGCACAUGCAUGACUUCUUCCACUCUUUUCUCGUCAUAUUCCGAAUCCUCUGUGGGGAAUGGAUCGAGACCAUGUGGGACUGCAUGGAAGUGUCUGGGAUCCCUCUGUGUCUCAUCGUCUUCUUGAUGGUGAUGGUGCUGGGGAACCUGGUGGUCCUUAACCUGUUCAUUGCCUUGCUGCUGAAUUCCUUCAGUGCUGACAACCUGGCCUCGGAGGACGAUGGAGACAACAACCUCCAGAAAGCCCUGGGCAGGAUCCACAAGUUCAUGCAUUUCAUAGCGCAGACCAUUCGGGAUUUCUGGGGCAGAAGUUUCUGGAUUUCCAAGGCCAGAAAGGAAAAACAGAAGGCCGUGGUGAAAAUGGCCUUCUCGGACUCAGGGGCCCUGAACCACAUGACUGCCCAGGCUCUCCCCAGCACUGGGAGCAUCAAAGAUAAGCCAGCUCCCAAUGGGCUGGCCUUGGAGCUGGCCAGCUGCCCUGUCGAUGGCCCUGGGAAUCUUGUGACCAAUGGCGUCAUGGAAAUCUCAGUCCCGAUGGCUGUGGCCGAAUCUGAUCUUGAAGACGAAGAGGAUGAGGAUGAGCCAAGUAUGGCAUUAGAAGCAGCACCCCCAAAACAGGAAGUCCCCCUUCAAGAAGAAAGAAGACCACAGGAAAAUAACCAUCACCCCAUGUCGGAGACCUCUUCCGAAGACUUGGCCUUGUACCUGGAUAAACAAUGGAAGGAUACCCAAUCAGGUGGCAGCCCCACCGAGAAAGGAGAUGUCACAAGUUGCUCUGAAGGCAGCACAGUGGACAUCCCUGAUCCGGAGCUCAUCCUAAAGCAGAUGACGGACCUCAGCGAGAUCUUAGAGGAGCCUGAAGAUUGUUUCACGGAGGGCUGCAUUCGUCGCUAUCCAUGCUGCGAUGUGGACACAGGAAAGUCUCCUGGAUCUCUCUGCUGGAACCUGAGAAAAACCUGUUACCAUAUUGUGGAGCACAACUGGUUUGAGAGUUUUAUCAUCUUCAUGAUUCUGCUGAGCAGUGGGGCCCUGGCUUUCGAAGACGUUAAUCUAGAGGAGAGGGCCACAGUGAAAGCCAUCCUGGAGUUUGCUGACCGCGUGUUCACUUAUAUCUUUAUCCUUGAGAUGCUGCUGAAAUGGGUGGCCUAUGGCUUCCAGACCUAUUUCACUAAUGCCUGGUGCUGGCUGGACUUCCUCAUCGUGGAUGUUUCGAUGAUAAGCCUCAUAGCAAACACACUUGGCUACUCCGAAAUUGGUCCCAUUAAAUCCCUCAGGACACUACGAGCAUUGAGACCUUUGAGAGCACUGUCACGAUUUGAAGGCAUGAGGGUGGUGGUAGAUGCCCUGGUUGGUGCCAUCCCUUCCAUCAUGAAUGUCCUUCUGGUCUGUCUUAUCUUCUGGCUCAUCUUUAGCAUCAUGGGAGUGAAUCUCUUUUCCGGAAAAUUUGGCAGAUGCAUCAACAUCACCCUAGAAAACUUUCCCCCAGUGGAUGUGUUGAUCGUCAAUAACAAGACCCAGUGCAAUGAAGAGAACGGUGCUGGCCUCUUCUGGGACACCGUGAAGGUCAACUUUAACAAUGUGGGAAUUGGUUACCUGGCUCUUCUGCAGGUGGCAACAUUCAAAGGGUGGAUGGACAUCAUGUAUGCUGCUGUGGAUUCUCGGAAGGUGAAGGAGCAGCCCGAGUGGGAGGCCAACUUGUACAUGUACCUGUAUUUUGUCAUCUUCAUCAUCUUUGGGGGCUUCUUCACCCUGAAUCUCUUUGUCGGGGUCAUCAUCGACAACUUCAAUCAACAAAAGAAAAAGAUAAGUGGUCAAGACAUUUUUAUGACUGAAGAACAGAAGAAAUAUUAUAAUGCUAUGAAAAAACUGGGCUCUAAGAAGCCUCAGAAACCAAUCCCAAGACCUCUGAACAAAUGCCAAGGCUUCGUGUUUGAUAUUGUAACCCAGCAAGCCUUCGACAUAGCCAUCAUGGUGCUCAUCUGCCUUAACAUGAUCACCAUGAUGGUGGAGACAGACAGCCAGAGUGAGGUGAAGACCAAAAUCCUCAACCGGAUCAACCAUUUCUUCGUGGCCGUCUUCACCGCAGAGUGUGUCCUGAAGAUGUUUGCCCUGAGAUAUUACUAUUUCAUCAACGGGUGGAACAUCUUUGAUUUUAUUGUUGUGAUCCUCUCCAUUGUGAGCUUGGUGUUUUCUGGCAUUAUGAAGUCACUUGAAAAUUAUUUCUCCCCGACGCUCUUCAGAGUUAUCCGCCUGGCUCGGAUUGGCCGCAUCCUCCGACUGAUCCGAGCAGCCAAGGGGAUUCGCACACUGCUCUUUGCCCUCAUGAUGUCCCUCCCUGCCCUCUUCAACAUCGGCCUGCUGCUCUUCCUGGUCAUGUUCAUCUACUCCAUCUUCGGCAUGGCCAACUUCGCCUACGUGAAGGAGGAGGCUGGGAUCGAUGACAUGUUCAACUUCCGGACAUUCCCCAACAGCAUGCUCUGCCUCUUCCAGAUCACCACGUCCGCUGGCUGGGAUGGGCUCCUCAGUCCCAUCCUCAACACUGGCUACCCAUACUGUAACCCAGAUUCAACAAACUCCAGUAAGCCCAGAGGAAACUGUGGAAACCCCACCAUCGGAAUCGCAUUCUUUGUCAGUUACAUCAUCAUCUCCUUCCUCAUCGUGAUCAACAUGUACAUCGCCGUCAUCCUGGAGAACUUCAACGUGGCCACGGAGGAGAGCACGGAGCCCCUGAGCGAGGACGACUUCGACAUGUUCUACGAGACCUGGGAGAAGUUCGACCCGGAGGCCACUCAGUUCAUUUCAUUUUCAGCCCUUUCAGACUUUGCAGAUACUCUGACAGGACCCCUGCGCAUUCCAAAACCUAACCAGAAUGAACUCAUCCAGAUGGACCUGCCUCUGGUCACAGGAGACAAGAUCCACUGCCUGGAUAUUUUAUUUGCCUUUACCAAGAGAGUCCUGGGAGAAUCUGGGGAGAUGGACACCCUGAAGGCCCAAAUGGAGGAAAAGUUCAUGGCCGCCAAUCCUUCUAAAGAUUCCUAUGAACCAAUAGCAACUACUCUGAGAUCAAAACAGGAAAAUGUGUCUGCGUCCAUCAUCCAAAGGGCCUACAGAAAAUAUCUCUUGCAGCAUUCCCUACGACAAGUCACUGUUACGGGUGCAAAUGAUGUUGGUGAACCCAGGUGUGAGAGGGCCACUGAAGAUGAAGGCUUGGCUGAAUUCAUGAUGAAUGAAAGCAUGGAGCUUCCAGACAAGUCAGAAACCGCUUCAACCAUGUCCUUCCCUCCAUCUUAUGACAGUGUCACCAGAGGGCUCAGUGAGGAAGGCCAGCUGGAUACAUCCAACACUGGCCACGUGGAGGAAGAUGCUAGCUAUGACCAGCUAUCUCAGGAUUUGGACAAGGCAUCAUCAAUGUAGAACUCUAGACAGGGCUGAAAUCUGCUUAGCAGAAACUUACACAAAGUCUGGCUUAGCUUUUUUCUUGACCACAGACAGACCCCCUCUCAUAAAUGCAUGCCAAGGGCCUCUAGAGGGGUCUGGGAAAGAGCAUGUGGAUCUCUCAGGGCAACCCCUCCCUAAUGUGGGAGACACAACUGUCCCACCAAAAGUGGGCCAGGAGAACCAUGUUUGUUUAAAAAGAAAACAAGGACAUUCUUGUUUUCUUUGUUUUUUCUUUGUUUUGGUGACUGAAAUGGGAUUUCUUACAAUCCUAGAGAAGAGAGAGAGAGCGUGUUUGGCCCUAUAACUCUAUUAUUUUUCCAUUUGACCUGCCUGCCCCAAGACUCAGUAUCUCACAUGGGCAGGGUUGGGUGCUUUACUUCUGCAGCCUUGUCACGGAGACCACCAGAGGUUUCCUCCUCUCUCCUAUGUCCCUUCUUGAUAGGGAGCCAAGAUGGCCAGGAACUUCCAUGAGGGAAACUCUCAGGAUUGGAACAAUAACAGUGUGUUUGAGCAGAGGGGGACCAGUGAGCAUUGCCUAUGAAGACUGGGGACCUUAGUUAGAACUUUGCAUGAACGCAUGCUGGAGACCCAGUGUCCCCUGCUUCUGGCCCAAUGUACCACUCACUGGAGAUGCUGUGAAAGAACUUGGAGAAGGCUAUUAAAGCUGUUUUUAAAGGGAGGCUUAUUGUCAAGACCAACAUCCUAUCUUACAGCAUAGGGUGUGUGUUUUUUAAUGAAAUGAUGCUGACAUUUGUCAUUAGCACUCCCUUCCCUUGGGCCAGCGGUAUUUUACAACUAAAAUAGUUCCAUUCAUUACUGCUAAUUGCUCUUGAGGUAGGUGGUGUCAGGAAUCAUGAGAACAAAGGGAGUUCUGUUGCUCUCUUUGGACCCUUCUGACAUCAAGCUGAACUUUGCUCCU